AUGCAGUGUCUCUUUCUGUUCCAGCUGCUGGAGGAGAACAUCAUCACCUCUGUGAAGAAGGAGCUAAAGAUACUCCAGACGGUUCUGAGAUCAUAUUACCCAGCAUGCUUUGAGGGUCAGAGUGAGGAUGAGGAGGUUUCAGAUGAUGAGGUUGAAGAGCAGAAGAGGAGCAGCAGAGAUGGUUUUCUGAAGAUCACUCUGGACUUCCUGAGGAUAAGGAGGCAGGCCUACCGUCUGCUGCGCAGAUCUUAUGCUGCAGUGUGUCAACGUAAACUGAAGUCUGACCUGCAGGAGAAGUUCCAGUGUGUGUUUGAGGGGAUCGCUAAAGCAGGAAACCCAACUCUUCUGAAUCAGAUCUACACAGAGCUCUACAUCACAGAGGGAGAGACUGGAGAGGUCAAUGAUGAACAUGAGGUCAGACAGAUUGAAGCAGCAUCCACGACACCACACAGAGCAGAAAUAACCAUCAGACCAGAAGACAUCUUUGAAGGCUCACCUGGAAGAGAUGAACCAAUCAGAACAGUGCUGACAAAGGGAGUGGCUGGCAUCGGGAAAACCUUCUUAACACAGAAGUUCACUCUGGACUGGGCUGAAGACAAAACCAACCAGGACAUCCAGUUCAUAUUUCCCUUCACUUUCAGAGAGCUGAAUGUGCUGAGAGAGAGAAAGUUCAGCUUGGUGGAACUUGUUCAUCACUUCUUCACUGAAACCAGAGAAGCAGGACUCUGCAGGUUUGAAGAGUUCCAUGUUCUCUUCAUCUUUGAUGGUCUGGACGAGUGUCGUCUUCCUCUGGACUUCACAAACAAUCAGAUCCUGACUGAUGUCACAAAGUCCACUUCAGUGGAUCGGCUGCUGACAAACCUCAUCAGGGGGAACCUGCUCCCCUCUGCUCGCCUCUGGAUAACCACACGACCUGCAGCAGCCAAUCAGAUCCCUCCAUGGUGUGUUGACAUGGUGACAGAGGUCAGAGGGUUCACUGACCCUCAGAAGGAGGAAUACUUCAGGAAGAGGUUCAGAGACCAGGAGCAGGCCAGCAGAAUAAUCUUCAACAUCAAGUCAUCACCAAGCCUCCACAUCAUGUGCCACAUCCCGGUCUUCUGCUGGAUCACUGCUACAGUUCUGGAGGAUGUGCUGAAAACCAAAGAGGGAGGAGAGCUGCCCAGAACCCUGACUGAGAUGUACAUCCACUUCCUGGUGGUUCAGACCAAACUGAAGAGCAUCAAGUACGAUGGAGGAGCUGAGACUGAUCCACUCUGGAGUCCAGAGAGCAGGGAGAUGAUCGAGUCUCUGGGAAAACUGGCUUUUGAGCAGCUGCAGAAAGGAAACCUGAUCUUCUAUGAGUCCGACCUGACAGAGUGUGGCAUCGACAUCAGAGCAGCCUCAGUAUACUCAGGAGUGUUCACACAAUUCUUUAGAGAGGAGAGAGGACUGUACCAGGACAAGGUGUUCUACUUCAUCCAUCUGAGUGUUCAGGAGUUCCUGGCUGCUCUUCAUGUCCAUCUGACCUUCACCAACUCUGAACUCAACCUGAUGUCAGAAGAAGAACAAACAACCUCCAUGAUGUCUGGAACAAGAGAAAACAAACCUACAGAGAGACGUCUCUAUCAGAGUGCUGUGGACCAGGCCUUACAGAGCCCAAAUGGACACCUGGACUUGUUCCUCUGCUUUCUCCUCGGCCUUUCACUAGAGACCAAUCAGAAUCACUUACGAGGUCUGCUGACACAGACAGGAAGUAGCUCUCAGACCAAUCAGGAAACAGUCGAGUACAUCAAGAAGAAGAUCAGUGAGAAUCUGUCUGCAGAGAAAAGCAUCAACCUGUUCCACUGUCUGAAUGAACUGAAUGAUCAAUCUCUAGUGGAGGAGAUCCAACAGUCCCUGAGAUCAGGACGUCUCUCCACAGAUAAACUGUCUCCUGCUCAGUGGUCGGCUCUGGUCUUCAUCUUACUGUCAUCAGAGAAAGAUCUGGACAUGUUUGACCUGAAGAAAUACUCUGCUUCAGAGGAGGCUCUUCUGAGGCUGCUGCCAGUGAUCAAAGCCUCAAAUAAAGCUCUGUUAAGUUCCUGUAACCUCUCAGAGAGAAGCUGUGAAGCUCUGUCCUCAGUCCUCAGCUCACAGUCCUCUAGUCUGAGAGAGCUGGACCUGAGCAACAACUACCUGCAGGAUCCAGGACUCAAGCUGCUGUGUGAGGGACUGAAGAGUCCUCACUGUAGACUGGAAACUCUCAGGAUGAGUUUCUGUAACCUCUCAGAGAGAAGCUGUGAAGCUUUGUCCUCAGUCCUCAGCUCACAGUCCUCUAGUCUGAGAGAGCUGGACCUGAGCAACAACGACCUGCAGGAUUCAGGAGUUAAACUGCUGUGUGAGGGACUGAAGAGUCCUCACUGUAGACUGGAAACUCUCAGUCUGUCAGGCUGUCUGAUCACAGAGGAGGGCAGUGCUUCUCUGGCCUCAGCUCUUGGCUCCUCUCAUCUGAGAGACCUGGACCUGAGCUACAAUCAUCCAGGAGAACCUGGAGAGACGCUGCUGACUGCUCGACUGAAGGAUCCACACUGCACACUGCAGACACUGAGGUUGGACCAUGGUGGACCGCACAGACUCAGAGCUGGUCUGAAGAAAUAUGCCUGUGAGCUGGAACUGGACACAGACACUGUGAACAGAAACCUCAAACUGUCUGACAACAACAGGAAGGUGACAGGUGUGAAGGAGCCUGAGUCAUAUCCUGAUCAUCCAGACAGAUUUGACCCCUGGCGUCAGCUGCUGUGUAGUACUGGUCUGACCGGUCGCUGUUACUGGGAGGUCGAGUGGAGAGGAAACGUUAAUGCAUCAGUGAGUUACAGAGGAAUCAGCAGGAAAGGAGAAAGUACUGGAUGUUUGUUUGGAAAAAAUGAUCACUCCUGGGCACUGCUCUGCUCUGAUGUAAAUGGUUACUCUGUCUGGCACAAUGACAAAGUAAGACACAUCCCUUCCGCCUCUGCCUCUCACAGAGUAGGAGUGUAUGUGGACCAUCCUGCUGGCACUCUGUCCUUCUACAGUGUCUCCUCUGACACACUGAUCCACCUCCACACCUUCAAAACCACAUUCACUGAACCUCUGUAUCCUGGGUUUGGGUUUGGGCUUGGGCUUGGGCUUGUGCUUGGGCUUGGGCUUGUGCUUGGGCUUGGGCUUGGGCUUGGGUAUAGGCUCUGGACUGAUUCCUUGCUGUCUCUGUAUCGUCUGUUGCUUAAAGAAACACUGUUCACUGAAGAUCAGCUGACUCUGUUCACUCUGUGAAGCAGAUCAGUCUCAAACUAUUGAAUCAGUCUGAUUUCAUCUAUUUGACUCUAAACUUUUAUCACAUGAACAGAUAAUGCUCAGUGAUUUGUAACAUCUUUAAAAAAUAACAUUUGUUCAUUUGUAUUUCAUUUAUAUUUUGAAUAAUAUCACAUAUUUUAUUAAAGUCGCGACUUUAUCAAAGGGAAAUAUAUUAUGAGUUCUUUCUUCAGUUGAUUUUUAACACCUUCAUUACAUUCAGGUGUUCAUCAGCUGUUCUAUCUAGGGCUUCACACCUGUCCACCACCUUUCGACCGGGGCCAGUUGGUCUUCAUCACACCACUGUCUUACUGUACAGACUGUAUCUGUUUCUUCUUUAUAUCACUCUCAAACUUUGCUCAUUACUCAGCACCUUAAAGCUUGAUUGUAGCUCUGUUUAGAUGAUAAACUGCAUUUUAUUAUUGUAUUGCAAUGCUCUGUAUGCAGGGUUAUCUAAACAAUCCGUAGGAAGGCUUCAGUGCAGCAGCCAGAAUCCUGACACACACAAGAAAAUUCAAACAUAUCACCCGGUUCUCAUAACACUUCAUUGGCUUCCCGUCAAAUACAGAAUCAAUUUCAAAAUCCUAUUAUUAGUCCAUAAAGCACUCAAUGGUUCAGUUCUACAGUACAUUUCUGACUUGCUCACAGUCUAUAACCCGACCCGGACCCUUAGGUCAUCAGGUGGAAGACUUUUAAGUGUACCCAGAGUCAGAUCAAAGUCUAGUGAAGGGGCCUUUAGUUACUGUGGUCCUUCUCUCUGGGAUAAACUGCCUCCUGACCUUUGGUCCAUCACAGCUGUCAGUACUAUAAAAAAAAACCCUCAAAACUUAAUGAUUGCCAGAGCGUAUGAAUAAUAUGAUGAGUGAUGUGACUGGCUGCAUGUGCGGCAACACUAGCUUUUGGUUUGAUUGCUGUGUGAUGUAUGCUGAGUGUAUCUAUUCUUUUUAUGUUUUUAUUGUUGUUCUUUGUUUGUAUCCUCAAUGUAAAUC